GCACGAGGUCGCGGGUAUAAAAGCAGCGCGCAAUCCAGGAAUAUGACCAAACUACUUGACUUUUGCGUUGUAGGACCAUACUGCUCCCAGACACCUCUCAGCAACAAAAAAAACCCCGUAGUUUUCAAUGGAAUACCAGAAAGCAUCCGAGACGAACGUCAACGGAAGCGGAAAGCUGGGGACUGAGUUUCACUGCAGGAACGGUCGCAACGAGCACAGUGUCGAAGCCAAGAAGGCUCUUGUGCAGAGCAAGAAUGAAACGUCACACAGAGAAGCUGAAGACGAAUCUCGGUUACAGGCGAUUGAGGCCGCCUACACAACUAUCUUGCGGGGUCUUGGGGAGAACACUGACCGUCAGGGGCUCCUGCGCACACCUUUACGCGCCGCCAAAGCCAUGCAGUUCCUCACCAAGGGCUACCACGAGACAAUUUAUGACAUCCUGAAUGAUGCCAUAUUUGACGAGGACCACGAUGAGAUGGUGAUUGUGAAGGAAAUAGACGUGUUCUCCUUGUGUGAACAUCACCUGGUGCCCUUCUUCGGCAAGGUUCACAUCGGGUACUUGCCCAACAAAAAGGUGGUCGGCCUGAGCAAGCUGGCAAGGAUUGUAGAGAUUUACAGCCGGAGGCUUCAAGUCCAGGAACGCCUGACCAAGCAGAUCGCCAUGGCGAUAUCAGAGGCUCUCCAGCCUGCGGGUGUGGCCGUAGUCAUAGAGGCUGCGCACAUGUGCAUGGUGAUGCGGGGAGUCCAGAAGAUGAACAGCCGCACGGUGACGAGCGCCAUGCUGGGGGUGUUCCGAGAGGACCCCAAGACCAGGGAGGAGUUCCUGGCUCUCACCAAGAGGGACUAGCAACUCACUAUCUCUGGAGCACUGCUCCAGAGAUAGGGUCCGUUUACCAUCUCCCAGACCCAGCCUUAAAGAUGACUUCCUUCCUCACACCUCCUUGAUACCAUAUAGCCUAAACCUCCAAAGCAGGACAGGUCGUGUAGUACAUAUAUAACUUUCUUGUUUGUUUGGUUUUAUUAUCAUUUAACCAAUAUAUUCAUGUUUUGUGGUGCUAGUAAUCCUGCUGCUGACCCAUUCCCACAUCUGUGGGUCCAACAACACAAUCUCUCCUACCAGACUGAGCUGACGAUGACAGUGACAGAAACAGCAGAGAUAAAGACCUAAAUCAAUUUAGCCAAACUCUGGUGCCUUAAGCUAGCUGGAGCUAGGACCUCAGUAUUUAAAUGACAUGCUGUAAAUAAUAUAAAUAUUCAAGAUAUGGUGCUUUGAUAUUGCAUAUAUAGUAUUUUGAUAUUACAUUUAUUAGGUUUUCUGUCAGUAGAGUGGUCAACUACCACUUACAGAGGUCUUAUUCAGUGACUUUAUAAUCAAUCAAGGAAACUACUCUCAUGUCUGUGUAGUUCAUCUUUUUGGGAGCCAUAGUUCACAUCUUCUUAUGAACAUAAUGCUCUAUUGUCUAUUGCCUAAACUAAAUAAAUCA